CUUACCACGGACGAGUCGAUUCCAGGACCGAAUGCGCAGCAAGCGGGACCUAGCCGCGGCCCCGUCCGUCGUUCUCGUCCGGCGCCGGCGGCAGAGCUGGGAGGCCAAGCUGCUGGCGAUGCAGACCUUCCACCGGCUGCACGGCCACGUCAAGGUGCCCAACUCCUUUGUCGUGCCACAUGACGACCCGGCGUGGCCACCCGACACGUGUGGCAUGAGGCUCGGGUCCGCCGCCGCCAACUUUCGCAACCGCGCCGACACGCUGUCGCCCGAGCAGAAGGCCGCGCUCACGGAUCUCGGCUACUCGUGGAAGACGACGGCGGUGCCAUGGGAUCUCAAGGUCGCUGCGCUCGCCACGUACCGCCGACUACACUGCCACUGCAACGUGCCGCCCGAGUUUGAAGUGCCAUCGCACGACAGCGCAUGGCCGCAAGCGCUCUGGACGAUCAAGCUCGGAAAGGUCGUGGCGAACAUCCGCAUCAAGGGCCAGGCCGCGCUCACGGAAGGGCGACGACAGCAGCUCCAGGACCUCGGCUUCGUCUGGUGUCCCCGCACGAGCCAGCAGCUCGUCGCGCAGUGGGAGACCAACAUGCACGCGCUCACCGUGUACAAGCAGCUCCACGGACACGUCCUCGUGCCCGAUGACUUUGUCGUACCGGAGGCUGCGCCGUGGCCGGAGAUCGUCUUCAACGUCAAGCUCGGGCACAUUACGGGCCUCCUGCGCAGUGUCGAGCUGUCACCCGCGCAGCGCGACGAGCUGCGGCGCCUCGGCUUCCUCUUCAACACGAGCCUCGAGCACGAAACAGCGAUCGUGCUCUCUGGUGCCGCCACGUACCACCAGCUGAUCGCCGACGCGUCGUACGAGAUCCCGCGCGCCUUUGUCGUGCCAGCGUCGCCAGCGUGGCCCGAGAACCUCUGGUACCUCCCGCUCGGCGUCUUUUGGGCCAACGCCGUCGCGCGCAUCGCAGCCGGCGACGUCUCGACGCUCGCAGCCUUGCACGAGGCCGGCGUCUACUACGAACCGAGGGCCUCGGCGCACCGGUUCCUCACUGCAUUGGACGCCUUUGCCACGCACCAUGGCCACGUGAACGUCCCGUCGUCGUACCGCAUCCCGACGCACGAGGAGGAGCAGUGGCCGCGAACCGUCGGCGGCAUGGACCUCGGACGCCAGGUGGCCCUUAUCCGCGCGAGCCGCGCGUCCGUGCCAGACGAUGUGUGCGACCGGCUGCAAGCGCUGCAGUUCCGAUGGACCGACGACGAUUGGAGUGACGCCGAGAUUGCUGCCGCCUGGGACGUCUACGAGCAAAUCUGCGGCCACCGCGUCUUGGGACCGACGUUUACAGUGCCCGAAGACGACUUGCGCUGGCCGUCGGCGCUCUGGACCCUACCCCUCGGGAAACUCCGCUUCGUGCACCGACCCGCCUUGGACGCCCGCUGGUUCCGCGGUCUGCAGGCUUACUACGACGUCUUUGGCCAUGUGGACGUGCCGCCGCACUAUGUGGUGCCGUCCGAUGGCGUCUCUUGGCCGUCCGAGCUCUGGGGCUUGGACCUCGGCGCCGUCGUCGACCAUCUGCGAUGUGGCCAAGUACGCUUGACGAAAGACCGCUUGGAAUGGCUCUGUGAACAUGCUUUUGGCGCGACGUAACUCGCGUUGUCCUAUUUAUUACACUAACACUGUAACUACUUUGACU